AUGGCGGGCGACAACGCCGACGCACCAGGUGGCGCUACAACUGAAUUAACAUGUGAGGUUACUAAUCUAGAAGUGCAGCUUAAAACAGCUAACAGCCAAAUAUUGGGUUGCCAAGCUAAUGAAAAAUCUAUUCUUCAAGAUAAAAACAAACUUAGAUCAUUGGUGGAUAAACUUCAGGAAACUCUUGCUGUAAGGUGUGAUGUAGAAGAUCAAAAUGGUAUCUUAAAAGAAAGGGUAGCAAAAUUAGAAGAAGAAUUAACUGUAGUAAGACAGGAACAUGAAAUCAAUCUUUGUGACCAAGUAGAAAAAUUGGAGAAACUUAAAGAGAAUCACCAUGAAGAACUGAAAAAAAAUCAGAUGGAUACAAAACAUAAAGUUGAGCAAGUAAAGAUGUCUGUUCAAAAGGAACUUCAGUGUAAACAAGAAGAAUUGCAGCAAUUUCAAAAGCAGUUAGAAGCCCUACGAAAAGAAAAGCAUACUGAGAUAGUAAAACUUCGUCUUGAGUAUGAUGCCAAGCUUUUGUCACUUCAGAAACAAAAUCAAAAAGCAACACAAAUGAUGAGAGGGCAGUCUAAUGCAGCUAACAGUGAAAUAUUCAGAAAGAAAUGGCAACACAUGAAGACACAAUCUGAUAGAGAAAUAGCAUCCCUGAAAAGGACAGUUGGGGACCUGCAGAAGAAAUUGGAUACUCAAGCCACUGCUAGCAAAAGACGAAAAUUCUAGUAUUAUGCAGUAUGUUCCUUAUAUAUUAAUUAUUGUUUUAUUAGUGUAGAGUAGUAGAGAGUUUGCAAUGGUUUGUAGUUUAUAUCAUUAAUAAUAACCACAGAUAGUACUCUUAAAAUCUCUAUUAG